AUGCAAGACAACAACAGUGUGCCAGCUGAGAGCUUUGGUGAGCCAGCAGAGAGCUUUGGUGGUUUGAUAAGGAGAAAAAUUAAUGGUUACCAACAGGAAAAAGCAAAGGCACCCUCUUCAGUUCCGUAUAACCCCCAAGAACCUGGAGAAAUUGAUGCUGAAAAGCUUUUAGAGGCUCCUACCAAAAAUAAGACAGAUAUUUUAGCUAAUAGGAUAGCGGCUUCCAUAGCAAAAGAUGUUGCCAAACCUGAAUUUCAAGGCAGUUCAGAGGGGGAGACAUUGCCUGUUUCAACUUCAACAACAGAAGCUGUUAGGAUUGUUGAGAAAUUCCCUGCUGAUUUUGGCACGAUAGAGAAAAUGCCAAAGCCACCUAUAAACCCACCUAUUCUUGUGAUACCCGUGACAUUUGUGGAAGAAAUAUUAAGUCGAUUCCUUGCAAAAGUCUUAAGUUCAACUGACGGCACAAGCCCAAAUUCCAGAAGACAUUUAUCACGAUCCAAAGUGAAUGGAAUUGUUGAGGACUUUAAAGAGGCCAUGGAACAAGGCCUGUCCAAACAUAAAAUCGAAAUGGUUACAGUAAUAAUUGAGGAACUCUCUGAUUGCCCUUUUUUACAGGCUGGUGGUGACAAUCCAGCAACACCAAGCAAAAGUGCAAUGAACCCAGGCAGAAUUGCCGACAUGGUCCUUUCCCAAGUGUCCGUUAGUGAAGAGCUUAAGACCUGGAGUUCUGAAGAAACAAUCCCCAGUCCUGAAAAUACAAGUUCAAUAUCUGAGGCACAGAGAAAUGACGACAGUUAUUUUUCUCUGGGUAGCACGGGACAACCAGUUAUUAAGACCUGGAGUUCUGAAGAAACAAUCCCCAGUCCUGAAAAUACAAGUUCAAUAUCUGAGGCACAGAGAAAUGACGACAGUUAUUUUUCUCUGGGUAGCACGGGACAACCAGUUAUAAGACCAGGGGAGUUGGAAAUGCUGCCUGCAGGCGCUAGCCAGAAUGAACAAAGAUCUCCCAUAUCAGAAGACAUGGAUGUUGAUACAG